CAGCAAAUUCUUAUUUUUAUCUCUUUUUUUCUCUUCUACUAAACAUUCAUUCUCUCAGCAGCUCCUCUUUCUCUCUCCAAACCCCAUGGCUGGGAAGCAUGGAGAAGUGAUGUGGCCAAGAUUGGUUGCCAACAAGAUCUUGAAGAAGAGAUUGGGAAGCAAUAACUUUGUGGCAGACAUUCCAAGCAACAACAACUCAGAAGCCAAUUUGCUUGAGAUUCCAAUCUUUGCUCAAUCUUCUUCAGUUCCAAAUGCCUUCUAUAAACCUCCAAUCCAUACUUACAAGGUUUUUGUUAGUACAUGGAAUGUUGGAGGUGUUGCACCAAGCCAAGAUUUGGACAUGGAGGAUUGGUUGGACAUUUCUUGUGACAUCUAUGUUUUUGGUUUCCAAGAAAUUGUGCCUCUGAAAGCCUCGAAUGUGUUUGGAUCAGAGAACAGAAAGAUCUGUACAAAAUGGAAUUCGAUGAUAAGAGAGGCGUUGAAGAAGAAAGUGAGACAAAAUUUCAAGUGUAUUAUAAGCAAACAAAUGGUUGGGAUUAUGAUCUCAAUUUGGGUUCGAAGUGAGCUUCAUCCAUUCAUAAGGAAUCCAAGUGUUUGUUGCAUCGGUUGUGGCAUCAUGGGCUGCCUUGGCAACAAGGGAUCAGUUUCUGUUAGAUUUCGAUUACAUGAAACAAGCUUUUGCUUUGUUUGCACUCAUUUGGCUUCAGGAGGAAAAGAAGGAGAUGAGAAGAACAGAAAUGAAAAUGUUUGUGACAUUUUAUGUCGUACCAAGUUUCCAAAGGGCCCUUCCCUUGAUUUGCCCAAAAAAAUUCUCCAUCAUGACCGAGUAAUAUUGCUUGGGGACUUGAAUUACAGAGUUUCUUUACCAGAAGCAACUACAAGAUUUUUAGUUGAAAUAAAGGAUUGGGACACUUUACUACAAAAUGACCAGCUAAGGAUGGAGAUGAUGAAUGGUCAAGUAUUGGAAGGAUGGCAAGAAGGGAACAUAAAAUUUGGACCAACUUACAAAUAUUGUCCAAAUUCAGAGGUUUAUUAUGGAACUUUAAAUGGUCUAAAAGCUGAGAAAAGGAGAGCUCCUGCAUGGUGUGAUCGAAUUAUAUGGAAUGGAAAUGGGCUAAAACAAGUAUCAUACAACCGAGGGGAAUCAAAGCUAUCAGAUCAUAGGCCUGUAAUGGCAAUUUUCACAACACAAGUUGAAACCUUAACAAAUUUGAAAACCUUGCAGAGCUUCUUUUUGUCAAACAGGUUUGAUCAUGUCAAUCAUUCUGGUAGCUCACUUGUUCAUGAGGACGAUAGCGACGAUGACAAUAAUGAGAUGUUUUCGACCGUCGAUUUCGUAUACGAUAAUAAAUCGACGUUUCCAAACUAUCUCAAAUGACAUUCACUCCAAAAAAAUAAGAAAAAAAAAAGUAUUAAUCUAUUCAUAUCAUAUUGUAACAUAUAUAAGAACAAGAGGGUUAGAUCUAGAAAUUGAAUUUAUGCUCUGUAUUCUUUUGUUGUUCUCUCCAAUUUUAUUGCUUUUCUAAGCUCUCUCCGUUAA